UUUGAAUUUUUUGUAUAACGCAAAAACCUGCGAUAGAGCAAAAAAUCCGCAAUACAAGAAUACAUUUAAAAUAUUAAAAACCCGCGACGCGACGCACUGAGGGCGCGACAGCCGAACUGCGACACAGCCAGGGACGACUGUACUUUUAAUUUAACUCCUUUUCCUCGGCCGUCUGUAAAACAAAGCCAGACAAUUAGUCUGAUGUGAUUGAAGUGUUCGUUUCUUUUUUCCUCCACAAUACCAACCUGUAAUCAGGCAGAGGGACGGAGAGAUAACAAGAAAAAAGGAAGAGAUCGGGUUUCUCAGCUGGCUCUCUACCCUAAUCCUGGAUUUGGAAGUGGGCCGGGAAGAACGCAGGUAGGACAAACACAGGUAAUAACAACACUGACAUUAGGGUUGGAAGGUGGGGGGCGAGCAGCCUGAUAGGACGUGCUGAGAGGGGUGGUUAGGACCAGACGGGUAGGAUAUAAAUACCAGCAGUAGACGACAGCGGUCGGCGAAAACCCUCGGUUUGAGGGAUUUUGAUGACAAGCGUAUCAAACACAGACCAGUGUGAAUCCCGUAUCAUAUCUCAAACUUUAGCUCAACACUGAGAAUCUUAGCCGAGAGAGUCGACCUGUUUCAAACUGAAAAAAAACCUGAAAGAAACCAAGGCUAAAGUUCUAGCUAACAAGUGAUAUUUAACAGUUUUCUUCCGGACGAGAAAGAACUUCAGAGUAAUGACGGGAAACUAGAGGAAAUAGGAACACGAAGGUAAGCAGAGACGAGACGUCACAUCUUUUCGCACCGCUGAGAUCGGGCCCGGGGAAGAAAUGGCCUGUCAGGCGUUCAACACCGACUCCUUCGCUCCACUGGCCGGAGAGAACACGUUACCCAUCCUCAUGCACCACAGCGCGGCCUCUGACUGUCCACCUCCCGGCGUCUCACACGCCCACAGCAUGGUAUCUGCAGUCUCGUCUGGACUGUCCCUGGGUCAGACGUCCAAACGCUCCCACAUGCAUCUGUCCCCGACCUCCCUCGGCAACGCUCUGGGGAACAGCCCCCCCGGCCUUCAUUACCCAGUCACCCCCUGUCACUACAGCAACCAGCAGGCCACCUACGGUAUGAUGGCAGCUCAGGAGAUGCUCUCUGCCAGCAUCUCUCAGACAUGUAUCCUGCAGACCUGCGGUGUUCCUCACCCAAACAUGGUGAGCGCUGCUAACUCCCUCCAAGGUUCCCUCACUCCCUGCUUGUACAAGUUUCCCGAUCACAGUCUGAGUAACGGUCCCUGUGCAUUAAGCCAUGGAUUCUCUUCACUGCCUCCGGCGAUCCUGUCGACCGACGACACCCCCGGGGGGCCCUCUGUUGGAGAGUUGAAAACCGACACCCUAAGGAAGGGCAUACGGGACGUCGAAGACGUGCCCGCCAUGGAUUCCCAGCAGAUACAAGAGCUGGAGAUGUUUGCCAACGAUUUUAAAAUACGCAGGAUAAAGCUAGGCUACACGCAGACUAACGUGGGCGAGGCCCUUGCAGCCGUGCACGGCUCAGAGUUCAGCCAGACCACCAUCUGCCGCUUCGAGAAUUUGCAGCUGAGCUUCAAGAACGCCUGCAAACUCAAGGCCAUUCUGGCAAAAUGGCUGAACGAAGCGGAGCUGGCUGGUGCCCUGUACAACGACAAAGUUGGAGUUAAUGAGAGGAAGAGAAAAAGGAGAACCACCAUCAGCCUGGGAGCAAAGGAGGCUCUGGAGCACAGCUUUGUGGAGAAAAGUAAACCGUCAUCUCAAGAAAUAGCCAGGAUAGCCAAAGGCCUCCACCUGGAGAAGGAAGUGGUCCGAGUCUGGUUCUGCAACAGACGCCAACGGGAGAAACGGGUUAAAACCAGCCUGAACCUCAGCUCCAGUCUGACCAAGAUCAGUCCUCACUACAUAACACAGAUGGGUAAAGUGCAACGACCGAUGACGUAGCUUCAGGAUCCGGGAGAAAACGAAUGUUUGUGUCCGCUAACAUUCGAUUCCUUCAUCACGGACAAAGUAUUUACUUCUACAACAAUGCAUUCAGAGCAGAAAAUGCAACAGGUGUCGUCACAAAAUUACAGCAAAAGAGAAAUGUGUGCUCAGAAAUUUUGGUUACAGAGGUUGCAGUUACUUCAAAGUGCCUGACGGGGGUGCUAUUAGCACAGUUUAAGACCCCUCGUCACCUCUAGUACGAUGCAUUUAGAGCAGACAAUGAAGUAUGUGAAGUGAGAAAAUUACAGCAAUAGAAAAAAAGAAUGUUGACACACACCUGCCAGAAGGGGGUGCCAAUAACACAGUUUGAGUGCCUUAGUCUGUGAAUUGAGUUACAAAUGUGAUCGUGUUUAUCACUGAUCUAAACUAAGAGAUUAAACAAAGUGCAGCAUUUUGGAUGAAUGAAGUACAAAUAUGAGUACUUCACAAUUACAUUCUUGCGUCAAAUAAUUUUGAAAAUACUUCUAUGUAAAGGUACGCGGCUAACCUGCGCCUUAAAACACAUUUUCUACUGAUUAUUUAUUAUUUAUUCUUUCAAAAAUCCAAAAUACUAAAAUAUUUAAAUAACAUAUUGAAAAGUGAGCCUGAGACAAUUAACGAAACAGAGGCUAAAAAUUUGUGCGUACAAAUACACCAGUCAAAUACACUAUUAACAGCUGUUACAGGUAUAUUUAUUGUUUGGUAUUUUAAUGGUUGAAAUUGUUUUUUUAAAGUGUUUUCAUGAAGGACAUUAGUGAGGCCGUUCUUUUAGUUUUUAGGAAAAGAAAAAAUAAU